AUGAGUGGAAACGAAAAUGGAGAACUACCCCAGGAGGUUCCAAUCCUCCAUGUCGCCACAGGACGGGCAAGAGCCCGUGCUGUGGCGACAUGCCGCCUUCCGUAUUCUGGGGGGGCAAACCACUCGAGAUUCCGAAACGACGACACUGGCAAAUACUUCAUGGACACCGAUCUGCAGAGUGAUUUGGUUUUGAGGCUGCAAGGAGGGGGUGAUGGUGAAGAUAGUGGUCCGGUAGAGGCAGAAGCCCCCACCAGUUCCCCCAAAGAUGGAUUCCGGUCACUUCGGAAUGCCCAAGGGCGCCUUGUGCGCUAUGUUGAAGACAUGCUUCCGGGGGCGGCGGUGGAUUCUGUACGCUCUCCACCCGAACCAGCUAGGGUGCUUAGUGAGAGACGUAGAGCCGCAGUGCGAACAGAACGCAUUGCAGAAAGGGUCCCCUCUCUUGGCAGGGAGGAGUUCUUCUCCCCCAGGAGAAUAGACGUGGGUGACCUCCCAGGGCACGAAGUAUUUUUCUCUCCGGUGCCAACCGACGCGGAAACCGCCGAAUCCGACGCUUCGCUAACUGCCCAAUUGUCCGAAGGACGAAAGAGGCAGCGAAGCAGCGGUAGUGAAACGGGAGCAUCGCCGAGCAGAGAGGCUUCCGAGCGCGCGGAGCAAGGAAAGUCCGCCUCGGGACCUUCCAAGCGAGGAAGAGGACGCCGACCAACCACGGCACUCCACGCAGGGCUGACCAAGGCGAAGGCUGAACUCCUGAAGCUUAAGCUGCAAACCGAAGAAGACCUGAGGGCCGCGUCCAAAAAAGUGACCCAAAGACGGCUUGCCCGUCGUCCGGAAUCGUUUGGGACGACAAGUGGGUCAGACGACGAAGACCGCACAGCAAUGGCCCUGAACCAGCAAGUGCAUGAUAGUCUGGGGCUUAUCAAGAACGUGGCCACUAAGUCCAAAAACCUAAAGGGCACGUACAUACGUAUCCUGAACGAGGCUGUGGCUGCGAUCCGGGAAGCAGUCGGCGAGAUGAGUGGCCGGACUGUCUCCGAUGAGACGAGGAGGCUCGCCGCCGAAAACGCUCGCCUAAAGGCAGAAAUGGCCGAGCUCCGUAAGGAGAUGGGCGACCUGCGUGCUAGCCUAGAACAGCGCCUCGAAGGGACGCGCCAAGAGACGGCGACAUCACCUGCUCGGGAGCAAGGCGACUUAGAGAGCAACAUCGUGACCAAGGUGAGUGCCAUGAUGGGUGCAAGGUUGAGCGCCUUGGAGGAGAGACUGCUCCCACAGCAACCUACCCAGGCGUCGACUGCUCCCGUACCUUCCAAAGCAGGAAGCUCUCCGCCCCGUCGCACCCCAGCUACUACCAACCCAUCGGGUGCAAAGCGGACCGUGAAGGAGAAGAAAAAGAAGGAGGGGCCUAAAAAGCCUCCUACGAGUGUUCCUGGCCCCGCUUCCCAAGUCCAGCAACCACGGCGGCAGACACCAGUGCCUGACUCUGAAGGGCGUUGGACGACUGUGGUCAAGCGGGGUAAAAAGAAGACUCCCGUUGGAGCAGCGACGACUGCGAAGCCACAACAACGUCCGGCACCGCUGAAAGCGCAAGAAGGGAAGGGUCGCAAUAAGGCCAAGGCGAUACUUCGCGCCCCGCGGUCAGCAGCCGUAGUCCUCACCCUUCAGAUGGGAGCAGAAGAGAGGGGCGUCACCUACAAAACGGUGAUUACGGAGGCCAAGUCCAAAAUUUCCCUGGCCGGGCUCGGUAUCACCGGUCUGAGGUUCCGCAGGGCAGUGACAGGGGCGGCAAUCCUGGAGAUCCCGGGCCCAGCCACCACCAGCGGCGACAAAGCAGACUCCCUUGCUGCCAAGCUGAGGGAGACGCUGAAUGAGGCCGACGUCCGCAUCGCUAGGCCGGUAAAAUGCGCGGAAAUGCGCAUUACCGGCCUGGAUGACUCGGUCUCAGAAGAAGAGCUCGCCGCUGCCGUGGCGAAAGGUGGCGGGUGUGCUCUAGAUGCGGUGAAUGUUGGCCGGAUCUCCCGUACGCCAACAGGCCUGGGUACAGCGUGGGUUCGCUGCCCCGUAGCAGCCGCUAAGAAAGUGGCUGAGGGGCGACUCCUAGUCGGCUGGGCUUCGGCAAACGUGAAGUUGCUGGAGUCCCGACCCCUGAGGUGCUACCGCUGCCUGGUGCCAGGCCAUGUUAGGAAGGGGUGCACCUCAGAAAUCGACCGCAGCGACCAAUGUUACCGCUGCGGUCAAUGCGGUCACCGGGCCAGAGAUUGCACCGCCGCGCCCCACUGCACUCUGUGCGCUGCAGCGGGCAAACCUGCCGACCACAGUGCCGGCAGCAGUACCUGCACGACGGGGGCUAAAGCUCCGAAACGCGCGUCCCAGAAGGAGGCCAGCAAACCAAGCGCCCCUGGAGCGUCAGCGCCGCCGGCUGCACAAGAGGGCCUGAUUAAUGCGACAAAAUGA